AUGCGACUUUCUACCGCCCUUCCCGAAAUCAUUUCAGUGGGACAAAAUUGUGCAGAAAGUGCUCAGCAGUACAGUUGCGGGGGCAGCUACGGAUUUGAACCGUAUUCCCUUAGCACCAUGCAUCAGUUUGGGAAAACUAGAAAAAAAGUCUGUAACAGACAAGAAAAAAAUAUGCUAAAAGCUAAAACUAUGAUGCCACAGCAAAAAGAAACCCUCAUACCUGCAGAAAAGCCUCAUCUUUAUUUGAUUGAUGGGUCAGGCUUUAUAUUUCGUGCAUAUUAUGCCCUCCCCUCCAUGAAUCGGCCCGAUGGCACUCCUGUUAAUGCUGUUUUUGGUUUUUGCAAUAUGCUGAUCAAACUCUUACAAGAGGCAAAAGCUUGCCACUUAGCUGUUGUCUUUGAUACAGCAAAAAAGAACUUUCGGCAUGACCUUUACACAGACUAUAAAGCCAAUCGUCCACCCCCUCCUGAAGAUUUGAUUCCCCAAUUUGAUUUGGUCCGUGAGGCGUGCGCGGCGUUUUCUGUUCCUUCCAUCGAUAAAGAAGGAUUUGAAGCAGAUGAUUUGAUCGCAACCUAUGCGCGACAUGCUUCUACCGAUGGAACCCAUGUCACGAUUGUCUCUUCUGAUAAAGACCUCAUGCAGCUUGUAACCGAUGGGAUCGAUAUGCUUGAUCCUUUAAAAAACCGAUUGAUUCAAGAGCCAGAAGUCCAAGAAAAAUUUGGCGUCAGCCCAGAACAAGUGAUUGAAGUGCAAGCCCUUGCCGGGGAUUCUUCUGAUAACGUCCCCGGCGUUCCAGGAAUUGGUCUUAAAACAGCGGCACAACUGAUUACAGAGUUUGGUUCUUUAGAAAAUCUUUUAAAUAAAACUGAUCAAAUCCGCCAACCAAAGCGCCGACAAAUGCUUGAAAAACAUGCUGAAGAUGCACGAAUUUCAAAAGAACUUGUCAAAUUGAAAGACGAUGUCCCCCUUUCCAAAACUUGGAAAGACUUUCAAAGAGAAACACCUAAAACUGAAACUUUGAGAACUUUCCUAGAAACCCAAGGGUUUCAAAGACUUUUAAGGCGCCUUGAAAACAAUGGCUUGAAUUUAGGUGAAAGUAAUACAGCAGGUUCUCAAAAAGAACAAAAUACGACUGGUCCCUCUACAAAUAAGUCCGCUCCUCAAUAUCAACUCAUUCAAGACGAAGUCGCUUUAAAAGCUUGGGUUACAAAAGCUCAAAUGACUAGCGUUAUUACUAUUGAUACAGAAACAACGUCCUUAAAUGCCAUGUCUGCAGAACUUGUUGGGAUUUCUCUCAGCCAUAAAACAGGCGAAGCGAUCUAUAUUCCAAUAAACCACAAACAACAACGUCAAGAAGGCUUAGGACUUGAAGACACUUCUCAAAGGCCAAGUAAUCGUCCAGAAAGUUUUCACCAACUUCCCUUAAAAACCGUUAUUGAGACCUUACAAUCUCUUCUGCUCAAUCCUGCGAUUUUAAAAGUUGGGCAAAAUAUAAAGUAUGACCUUCUUGUCCUUGGUGAACAUGGUCUGAAGGUUUCUCCUAUUGAAGAUACCAUGGUCUUAUCCUAUGUGGUGGAUGGGAUGCGCCAUGGUCAUGGCUUAGACGACCUUGCUCAGCGCCACCUGGAACACACCAUGAUUUCCUACACUGAUGUGACGAAAGGGACAGGUAAAAAAGCCGUUACUUUCGACUAUGUCCCUCUUGAUAUGGCAAGAGACUAUGCCUGUGAAGAUGCGGAUAUUACCUUACAACUAUACGAAAUCCUAAAACCGCAAUUGGCCUCAAGUGGUAUGGUACGUGUCUAUGACACCCUAGACCGUCCUCUCAUUCCUGUGCUUGUCGCAAUGGAACAAGCAGGUGUUCAAGUUGACCCUCUUUUAUUGAAGCAAAUGAGCCGAGAAUUUGAAGAACGCCUCAACGAGCUAGAAAAAGAAGUUCACAGCCUUGUCGACCAAGAAUUCAACGUCGCGUCUCCAAAGCAAGUCGGCGAAAUUCUUUUCGAUGUUUUAGGCCUUGAAGGAGGCAAGAAAAGCAAAAAGACAGGGGCGUAUACAACAGGCGCAGAUGUCUUAGAACGCCUUGCCAACGAAGGGCAUGACGUCCCUGCUCGUAUUCUAGAAUGGCGAAAGCUUGCUAAACUUAAAAGCACGUACACAGAUGCUUUUCCCAAACAAAUCAACCCAAAAACAGGACGCGUUCAUACAUCUUAUUCUCUGGCAAGUACAUUAACAGGGCGCCUCUCUUCCAGCGAUCCUAAUCUUCAAAAUAUCCCGAUUCGUGGAAAAGAAGGCAAACGGAUUCGAGAAGCCUUUGUGGCCCCAAAAGGGCAGUGUCUUUUCUCUUUUGACUAUUCUCAAAUCGAAAUUCGCCUACUUGCCCAUGUUGCGGAUGUAAAACCUUUAAGAGAGGCAUUAAAACAUGGCGAUGAUAUUCACGCGCUCACUGCCUCUCAAGCGUUCGAUAUUCCCCUAUCUGAAGUGACUCCAGAGCUUCGAUCCCGCGCAAAGGCUAUUAACUUUGGAAUUAUUUAUGGGAUCAGUGCUUUUGGCCUUGCACGUCAAUUGAAUAUUGGACGCAGCGAAGCGGCAACCUAUAUCAAAAACUACCUUGAGCGUUACGACG